UUACACUUGGCACAAUGCAGACAGGCAAGUACCGUUCUCCUGGCAACUGCCAAAUCCAGACACAUCCAUCAGAUUGCCAGACAGAGAAGAUUGAUUUGUCGCUCCAGAGAACAUGUCUCCACUUCUCUAGAGUCCAGUGGGUGGCGUGCUUUACACCACUGCAUCGACGCUUUUGCAUUGCACUUGGUGAUUUACCACUAACAGUUGACCAUGGAAUAUUUAGUAGCAAGGAAAUUUCACGGAUGGACUUAUUGCACAGGUGGCAACCUAUCACGGUACCAUCUUUGAAUUCACUGAGGUCCUGAGAACAACCUAUUCUUUCACAAAUGUUUGUAGAAGCAGUCUGCAUGCUUGG